CUCACAUACACAUACACAGCAGAGCAACCUCAGGAGCAGAGUUGAACUGCUUGGCACGCUGAAGGGAGAGAUGCAGUAGAAUAAAGCACAUUGGCUUUCCCCUUUAUUUUUAUUUAUUUUUUUUACUCUCACUGUUCAGUCUUUUUGCACCUCUGCAUUUCAUUUGUUUGAUUUAAACCUUAACCCGCUCAUAUCUACCUUCAGUACUAAUCCUGAAAGAUGAGGGAAGGUGUUGUGACAGUGUGGAUGCUUGCUGCUCUUGUUCUGCAUCUUGCCAGUGUUCUGGUCUCCGCUGGAAGACCUGUCCUCACUGAUCAUUUUUUGGUUGACUUACGUGAAGGAGGGGAAGCCGAAGCGAAGCAACUUGCAGCAGAAUAUGGCUUCAGUGGGACAAGAAAGCUACCCUUUACCCAAAGUUUAUACCAUUUUUAUGGAAAUGGAAAAACCACAUCGCGGAGUCGGCGCAGUGUCAAUAAAAAGAAACAUUUAGCCAUGGAUCCCAAGAUAAAUAAAGUGGUUCAACAAGAAGGUUUCCACAGGAAAAAAAGAGGAUACAGAGACAUCAAUGAUAUUGACAUCAACAUGAACGAUCCAUUAUUCACAAAACAGUGGUAUUUGAUCAACACAGGCCAAGCUGAUGGGACACCUGGACUAGAUCUAAAUGUAGCGGAAGCAUGGGAACUGGGAUACACGGGAAGAGGGGUUACCAUAGCAAUUAUGGAUGAUGGAAUUGAUUAUCUGCACCCAGACCUUGCCUCAAAUUACAAUGCAGAGGCAAGCUAUGACUUCAGCAGCAAUGAUCCCUACCCAUAUCCCCGAUAUACGGAUGACUGGUUCAACAGCCAUGGGACACGAUGUGCAGGAGAAGUGUCAGCUGCAGCCAACAACAAUAUAUGUGGCGUCGGAGUGGCUUAUAACUCUAAAGUGGCAGGCAUUCGAAUGCUGGACCAGCCCUUCAUGACUGAUAUCAUAGAAGCUUCAUCCAUCAGUCAUAUGCCCCAGGUUAUAGACAUAUACAGUGCAAGCUGGGGUCCUACUGACGAUGGCAAAACAGUUGAUGGACCAAGAGAACUAACUUUACAGGCAAUGGCAGAUGGUGUGAACAAGGGUCGUGGUGGGAAGGGAAGUAUCUAUGUGUGGGCAUCUGGAGAUGGAGGAAGUUAUGAUGACUGCAACUGUGAUGGCUAUGCAUCAAGCAUGUGGACUAUUUCAAUAAACUCUGCUAUUAAUGAUGGACGCACUGCUCUGUACGAUGAAAGUUGCUCCUCAACUCUGGCCUCUACCUUCAGCAACGGUAGAAAACGAAAUCCCGAAGCUGGUGUGGCUACAACAGACUUGUAUGGAAACUGCACUUUGCGUCAUUCAGGAACAUCUGCAGCAGCACCAGAAGCAGCUGGAGUAUUUGCAUUGGCCCUGGAGGCUAACCCAGGUCUGACAUGGAGGGACCUGCAGCAUCUGACAGUGCUGACUUCAAAAAGGAAUCAGCUUCACGAUGAAGUGCACAAAUGGCGCAGAAAUGGAGUUGGCUUGGAAUUCAAUCAUUUGUUCGGCUAUGGCGUUCUUGAUGCUGGAGCGAUGGUUAAAAUGGCCAAUGAGUGGAAAACUGUUCCAGAAAGGUUUCAUUGCAUUGGGGGAGCCAUACAAGAGCCAAGGAGAAUACCUUCUGAUGGGAAGCUGAUCCUUACCCUUUCAACUGAUGCAUGCGAAGGAAAGGAAAACUUUGUCCGAUACCUAGAACACGUUCAAGCAGUUAUAACAGUCAAUUCCACUCGCCGAGGAGACUUGAACAUCAACAUGACAUCGCCAAUGGGAACUAAGUCUAUUUUAUUAAGUCGUCGUCCUAGGGAUGAUGACUCAAAGGUUGGUUUUGAUAAAUGGCCAUUUAUGACAACACACACAUGGGGGGAAGAUCCGAGAGGAACUUGGGUUCUUGAAGUUGGGUUUGUUGGGAGCAUGCCAGAGAAAGGUGUUUUAAAAGAAUGGACACUGAUGUUACAUGGCACUCAAAGUGCCCCCUAUAUAGACCAAAUAGUUAGAGAUUAUCAGUCUAAAUUAGCAAUGUCCAAGAAAGAAGAGCUGGAGGAGGAACUAGAUGAAGCAGUAGAGAGAAGUCUCAAGAGCCUGUUAAGCAAGAACUAGCACUAUUCUGCAUGUCUGUAAGAAGUUUCCGUUCUCCAUUAUUUUCUGUUAAUCUUUUGAGCACCUACAUUUCUGUACUAAGUAUCAUUUCCUUGCUGUGUUACAGUGAAUGGAAACUUUCUAGGUAUAUUCUUUUGUGUAGAAUAAAAUAAAUAUAUAUAUAUUUUUACAAUUUGACCCCUAAUAACAAUUUCAAAUUCUAAUAUGCAAUCUGUGCCAGUGUAUUAUUUUUUUGUUUGCUUCAUAAUAUUUUCGAUCGUUGCUGAGCAACAGAAACCAAGACAAUAUUUCUCAUACACUAUGAAACAGCGCUACACGAUUUUUAAGUUUUACAGGAUACUACUUUGAAAUUGUGUAUACAAAUGAAUUUUGAUACAAACUACAAGAAUUCCAGUUCUUAAUACUCAAACGUCUCUUAGAUACAUAUAAUCAUGCAAUUAGAGAUUGAAAUAUAUUAUAUUGUUUAUUUUGAAUUUAAAGUUAACUUUUAGCAUGUCAUAGUAUGGCCAAAUGCAAGCAACCUUUCAAUUAAUCUUUAUUAGUUAUUCUUUAUAGUUUUUCAAGUAUUUCCCUUCCUCUUCCGGCUUCCAACUUUCAAAGUGGGGGUCACUGACCCCGGCAGCCAAAAACGUUUGCUCUCCUGUGGCUAAAAUUCAUUGUUAUUGUUACUUUUUAUUACUUCUGUUUCUAUUCAGUUCUUCUCAUAUAAAUAUAUCAGUCUCUCAUUUAAACCACUCCCUAGUUGCUAAGGUUAUUGGAGCCAUAGCAACCAGAUAACUGCAGAAAUUCCAAACUGGAGAGUUGCCCAAUAAAAUGUAAAACAAUUAAAAAGCCACAAAUAAGAAAAAAUGAAGACCAACUGGAAAUUGUUUUAGAAAAUUACUUUGUACAUCAGACUAAAAGUUAACUCAAAGGUGAACAAUCCCUUUAAUUGUUAAGCUACUAUUUUCAUCCAAGCACAAUAAAAAAAUAGUUAAUUGGGGGUCCCAUCCAUUACAGUAGGGGCUAGGGCGCAAACCUAAAGGAACAUACUAUGUCAGGUAGCUUAGUGAUGACCCAACCUGCAACCCUCUAGCCAUUCAACUACAGCCACCAAACAACCACCAACCUGUAGGUUGGUCAACCCAUAUAUAUAUAAAGAGAAAAUAAUAUAUACCCUAUUUGUACAGUAUUAGAAUAUUAGAAGUUCCAUGACCAUAUAAAGGCACAUAACCUCAGACCAAAUGAAUUUUAAAGGCCAUGGACCUCUCUACCUCCCAAUAUAUAAAGAGAGAAUAAUAUAUACCCUAUUGUACAGUAUUAGAAUAUUAGGAGUUCCAUGACCAUAUAAAGGCAAAUGACCUCAGACCAAAUGAAUUUUGGACCUCCAAGGUGUUUUUUAUAAAAGACAUUUCAGUGAGUCACAAGAGACAUUGCUAAACACUGAUUAUAAAUGAUAACAUCACUAAGCACUGUUCGUAAGGAUAUAUUUUACAGGUUUAUUGUGUCUUUUUUGUAUUAUGCUUUCUACUUUGUGCUUAUUUCAACAUUUUUUCCAUCAAGGAAAUCCCCCCUCUGCUCUACCCUAAUUCCCCCUUGCUUAUACAUUGCCCCCAAGUAAUGAUACAAGGAAUAUCCCACACCAUUCCCUCCAUGUCUACUCUAAUAAAGUAUAUGUAUAAAGGUGUAUUCAAUUCAAAAUUUUAUAUGUGGACAGAUGUAUUUUAUUUGGAAAUAUUAUAAUAACCAAAGUAUUUUGUGUCUAAGAAGAAAGAAACAAUGGCCAGAUGCAUGUGUACUUGCUAAAUAACAAAGAAUAUUUGUUUUCGGAUUAAAAAAACCUGUGAAAAUAUCAGAUGAUCAUGUAGAGCUGAUUUGCAUUCUUGUUUUGUUAUUAAAUGUCUUAUGUAGCAAGAACAAUUAAAAUGUUGGUUUAUAUUUCUUAGAGAUUA